CGUCGCACUCGGACCGGGCUUUAUUCCUUUGGUAUUCUUCGGUAUGGUUCAGCCGACUACCCUAAAGAAAAAGCAUUCCCUGGUGGGGAAAAGUUUGCUGCCGCUGUUCGCACGGUUCAAUGGUAGCCCUGAUGAGCCCAGAGAGUUGGCUAGGAUGGACAAGGAUCAACCUUUGGAGAAUCUGGAUUCCGAUGGUAUCGCCACAGCCUUCAAGAAACUCACCGGAGAAAACAUCGGAGACGUCCUUGCCGCCCUCGGCAAACAAAGUGGAGCUGGAGUGGCUUUAUUGCACCAUGCAAUUGUGCUAGCGAACGAAAUCGGCCAGCCAGUAGGGCAGCCCCUUAGGGACCCGCCCAUCACUCCACCGGGUGUUUCGGAUGAUGUAAGUGAGCCACCGAGGAAGGUGCAGAGGAUAGCGUGCCAGGCGACCGUAGCUGAUCCAGUGCAGAAGGCAAAGGCGAAGGGUAUGGACAUUUUGGGUUACGAAAUCCAGGAUUGGGAAUUCCAGAUUCCGUGUGAUCCGCAGAGAGCAGUAGCAUCCAAUCGUGAGGAUUCUUUGAAAGAGCCGGCGCAGUUGGCUCAGAGGUUAGCUUCGUCACCAGCUUUGUCGGGAAAGAUUGAAUCUGAUUACCAACGCUAUGCAACAUUUAACACUUUGAAUCAUGCAAUCUAG